CAGACGAUCUCCAAGAAAAGCCAAGUUGGACCCGUCAAAACUCCAAUCAUUUCAAAAUGCUGGAGAAGGAGAACUCUGUUAUUGCUUUGAGCCUUGAAGAUUGAGCCUGCAAGAGUCGUAUACAAUUUCAAGACCCUUUUCUUGUUAUCUGGUUUUCUCUCUCUUUUGAUAAAGCAAUCAAACCAAAGCAAACUUGAUGAUUUCGCCUAGUUCUAGAGACCACACAACUAUAAACCUGUUUAAUUAAUACCUUUCUCUUUUUUCCUGUCUCCUCUGCUAUUUAUAUAAACCCCUGCAGUCCUGCAGGCAGUCCCAGUCUGCUCUGUUUAUGUUCAUUCUCAUUGUCUCUUCUUAAUCAUUGGAAACAGCUUGUUUGUUUCUCUUCAUCAAAUCCAUCACAUCCCAGUCUCAUCUACUGAUCAUCAAGACUCUUAAUGGAGACAGUUGAAUUCAAGGUGGAGAUGGUUGGCAUACAUGAGAAAAGGCUCAGGAAAUGCCUCUCCAAGCUGAAAGGAAUAGAGAAGGUGGAGGUGGAUGCAAACAGCCAGAAAGUGGCGGUGACAGGGUAUGCACACAGAAACAAGAUUCUUAAGGCCAUUAGAAGAGGAGGCCUCAAAGCUGACUUCUGGUCUGCCCAAAAUGAGCUCCUCAAUGCUUAUGCUAGUGCCAGUUAUGGAAGCCUCAGAUUCAGCAACUUCAACUUCUUCUAGGACGCCUUUUUCUCUUUGGGUUUUUUUUUUCCCCCUUGUGAGGAGAUAUAUACCUUGAUUGUGUUUUGUGUUUCCAUAGUUAUUUUUUCUUUGUAUUCUCUUUUCUUGCCUUUUUUUUGUCUUUUACAAAACAGAAUGUCAUUUGUUCAAUGAUGAUCAUACAUUAGUGAUAGAGUGAAAUUGAAGAGUCCCCAAAUUUUGUAGCUUUGAA